AUGAGUAACAAUAAAAAGAGAAGUGGUCAAAAGAUGUGUUGUGUUGUCAAUUGUAGCAAUACUAAUAGAACAGGUCAUAAAAUGUUUAACUUCCCUAAUAGACAACACGAAAAAGAGCUUAAGGAAAAGUGGAUCAAAAGUAUUAAAAGAAUUAAUAAUGAUAGAACACCAUGGACAUCAACUGCCCUUACAGUUAUAUGUGGUGAUCAUUUUGUUGGAAAUAAACCAAUAAGACAUCCCAAUAGUCCAGCAUAUGUUCCUACUAUAUUUCCAACAACAUAUAAAAAUAAAAAAAAUAAUGAACUUCAACAAUCCUCUAGAUACAAGCGUUUUUGCCACCGAAGUAGUAACGUGGGGCAAUCUACUGUUUCGGUUAUUGAAGCUAAUUCAAAUCCCAUUGAUAGUGGAUUUAAAUCAUUCAAUAUUAACAAGUCAUUAACUAAUUGUGAUAUAGGAACACAAGUCUCUUUCGAUGUUACGGAUGUAAAACAUUUUUCAUUUGAAUGUUGCUUUUUGAAUAACAAUUGCAUUAGUACUUCUAUAACAACUCUAACCAAUUUUAUAAUUAAACAACAACAAAAUGUUAAAGAUAAAUGUUGUGGUCCUAGCUCUGAAUCUUAUAAUUCUUGUUUAUUCUGUGAUAAAUUUCAUGGUUAUGAAUCUAUUAACAGUGAACUUUCUUUGAAAGAUUUGACAGGCACUUCUUAUGCUGUAUUUAACAUGUUGAUUAAUAUGUUACCAGACACAGGUGUUAAUAGCACUUUAAACAACUACAAUAAACUUCUUCUUUUUUUAAUGAAAAUAAAACUUGGAAUUAGUUUUUCAGCUAUUGGGGUUAUGUUUAAGAUUCAUCGUACCACUGUCAGCAGGAUUUUUUUUGAUAUACUUUCUAUUUUAUCCAAAAAAACUAAACAGUUUAUUUUUUGGCCUAGUAAAGAUACUAUUUCAGCAACUCUUCCUUAUGCUUUUAAAAAAAACUAUCCCAACUGUCGUUGUAUUAUAGACUGUACGGAAAUUAAAGUCGAGCAGCCGCCUACUGUAGAGCAAAGAGUAUGUAUGUACUCAAGAUAUAAGAGUUCAUAUACCAUUAAAUGUCUUGUUGCUAUAACACCUAAUGGUGCCAUAAGUUUCCUAUCAAAAUGCUAUGGAGGUCGGUCAAGUGAUACAUUUAUUACUAACGAUAGUGGAUUCCUUUCUAAGCUAGAGGUUGGUGAUCAGGUUUUAGCUGACAAAGGCUUCCCUGGUAUUAAAACAAAUUGUGAAGAAGGCAAUUCUAUAUUAAUUAUGCCCCCAAUCUUACAUAAUGGUAGAUUAAUAUAUAUUUCACAGAUCACGAAUGAUUUUCAAUUCAUUAGAAAUAUGCUUGAUUCAAACAGUAAAUCAGUUUCACCAAUAUCAAAUUCUGAGCACUCAAUGGACUUUUUACUGCCUAGUACAAGUACACAAAUAUUAGAUGAUUUAGUUGAAAAUUCAUCGGAAACUAUUUCAUUAGCAUCUUCUGCUGUAUCAUCUAUUGAUUCACGUUCAAUAGAAGAUCAUCUUUCAGGUUUGAAAUAUUCAAAAAUUGCAAUUAAACAUGAAAAUUGGGUUUUAAAUAAUCGUCUUUUAUACACCAGUCAAUAUCCAUUCCAAGAAUCUAAAACUGAUGAAAAUAUAAAAAAAUGUAUGAGUAAAUUCUUUACUCAGUUAUGUGAGGAUGCUGACAAAAAUUAUGGUUUGGAUUUAAUGCAACACAUAACUUUUAUCACUGAUCAGGGAUCAAAUAUGAUCAAUGCUCUUAGAAACUAUAAUCGUUUUAAUUGUUGUGCACAUUUGAUUAAUACCGUGUUGAGAAAUAUUUUUGAUUUGAAGUUUUUAUCACAAGUAAAUGAUAAUGGAUCGAAGCCCUUGGAGCCAAUAAUAAAUUUAAUGACAGAGUGUAAAACUCUUGUUAAAUUUAUGAAAAGUUCAGGAAAGAAUAGUGAAUUAUCUACAGUUUUGGUUCAAGAAGUUAAAACAAGGUGGAAUACACGCUUACUUAUGUUACAGUCCGCCCAUAAAACUUUACCUGAAAUAGUUAGAAUCCAUGAUGAAUAUUUUGGUCGCAUUCAAAAUAUAAAUAUCAAACUACUACAAAAUCUCAUUGAAUUUUUGAAGAUUUUUAAAAAUGCUUCUGAUGAACUCGAAAGAGACAAAAAACCAACCAUACAAAAAGUGGCAUUAUACAAUGCCUAA